AUGGCUUCAUCACCAGCCCCUUCAGCUUCGGGCGAGCAAUCGCAGCUCCAUGGCCAGAAGCCCCUCGAGCAAAUCACGUUCCGUUUCUGCUCGGAAUGCAGCAACAUGCUCUACCCCAAGGAAGAUGAGGCCGAUCGCAAGCUCAUGUUCACCUGCCGCACUUGCAACUUCUCCGAAGAGGCCACCUCGUCGUGCAUCUUUCGCAAUGUCCUCAACAAUGCCGCUGGCGAGACGGCCGGCGUGACGCAGGACGUUGGCUCUGAUCCUACGGUGGGUGAUUCUUCUGUUGCUUCCCAUCAUGCUAGCUCGUUUGAACAACACCCGAACCCGGACCACUGCGCUUUUGUCUGCUGCCUGACAUGCGGCCGCAUGAUUUCGUGUGAGAUUUGCAAAGACCGUCUCGCCGUUCUCCCCACCGAUGCCCACAAUCCCGACAUUCCCGUACCGCUCCAGAACUUCAUGCGGCUCGAUCAGGGCGACGCCGACAUUUGCGCCUGGCAAGACAACCGCGAGAACCUCGCCGACUUCAUGGCUCGGAGCGAGCAAUAUUUUGGCGACUUGAUGGAGGAGGACGAAGAAGAAGCCAUGGGAUUCGAGCCCGAGAAUAACGCCAUGUCACACUACGUGCUCGCUCAAAGCGCUGCUCUGCCAAGAGAACAGCGCACUUGCCCCUCUUGCAACCAUGGGGAGGCUGUCUUCUUUCAGUCUCAACAGCGAAGCGCUGAAACGGGAAUGAAACUCUUUUAUGUGUGCUGCUAUUGCGGUAAUAUUUACCAAUGA